CCUGUGAAGCAUCAGGACAAAAGAGGGAUAGAAAUGUCACUGAAGUCCCUUUUUACAGAGGAAGGGAAGCGGAGAGGAGGAGAAGAUAAAAGGGCCUUGAAGGGAAAGAGAGAACAUGAUGAGACAGAACCUGGUUCGAUCCACUCGCUCCAUCUAUCUCUGUCUGGCUUGCCUCUCCCUCGCUCUCCACCUCCUUCUGGCAUUUUUUUGCUUCUCUGUCCUCCAGACAGCAUGUGUACCUUCUUCCUCCUCCUCCUCCUCCUCUUCUUCUUCCAUUCCAAGAACAGAUAGACGGCAGCGUCAGUCCAUCUCCCACUCCUCCUCUUCUCCAGCUGCCUCCUCCUCACGUAAACUGCCAACAAUCCCCCAGAAUGAGGAGCAUCACAAACUGUUAAACCAGAAAGAGAAAGACUCAUUCUGGGAUGCCACUGAGGGGGAGAAGAAACAGAUCGGAGGUUUGAUCCAAAAGGUCAAAGGUCGGUCUAAGCUUGAGGUGCUUUUCAAACACCCGCUGUACAACCUGCCACCUCAAGUGUUGCAAGACGAUGAUUGGCUGCUGAGGUUGAAGGCCACCACUGAGCAAACAAGUGAGAAAGACAGUGAGGAAGAGGGGAAGGAUGACUCCAUCGAUGCUGACAGUGAUUGGCAGAGUGCCAGUGAAGAGGAAGGCUACGAAAAAGUCGCUUGGACGAAGGAGGUGGAGACCCAUCCUCCCUGGCUCCGCUUCCACCUGGGCAUCUCUCGCUGGGAGCUGUACGACAGGAAGGAUCCCAACCUGGCCCAGCUGACUCACUAUCUGGCAAGGCAGCGUGUCCUCGGGGCUGUUCAGAAGACAGGAGGUACCCAGCUCAAACUGCUCAUGUCGUUCCCGAACUACGGACAAGCUCUGCUGAAACCCAUGAGACAAUCCAGAGACGCAGAGACCGAUGUGAACCUCUUCUACUUCUCAGACUUUGAAAGACACAACGCAGAGAUCGCUGCCUUUCACCUUGACAGAGCGCUGGGCUUUAACAGGAUCCCUCCUGUUGUUGGUCGACUGAUCAAUGUCACCUCAGAGAUCAGAGAGAUCACCACUGACCACAGGAUGUCCAGGACCUUCUUCACCUCCCCUGCGGGGAACGUGUGUUUCUAUGGCCAGUGUGAGUACUACUGUUCGACAGAGCACCCAGUGUGCGGUCAGCCCCACGUACUGGAGGUCUCUCUGGCCGCCAUGCUGCCGGACCUCAGCCUGGCUCCCCGCCGGUCCUGGAGGUCACCAUGGAGACGCUCAUACAGCCGCACCAAGCUAGCAAAGUGGGAGAAGGACUCGGCCUACUGUGACACGGUGAAACACACGCCUCCAUACAACCACGGCACCAGACUGGUGGAUCUCAUAGACAUGGCAAUACUGGACUUCCUCAUGAGCAACAUGGACCGACAUCACUAUGAGACGUUUGAGAAAUUUGGAAAUGAGACUUUCCUGCUGCAUCUGGAUAACGGACGGGCGUUUGGCCGUCACUCUCAGGAUGAACCGUCCAUCCUAGUUCCUUUGACACAGUGCUGCAGGAUCAGUCGCUCCACCCUCCUCCGCCUGCGUCUCCUGUCCCUCCCUGGUUUCCGUCUGAGUGACGUCAUGAGGGAGUCCCUGGGUCAGGACCCUCUGGCCGGCGUGGCCCCGCUCCUCUCUGAAGCAAACCUCUCUGCUUUGGACCGACGCCUUGCAUCCGUCCUGCAGGCGGUGCAGAGCUGUCAGGAACACCACACAGACGUCAUUUACAACGACUUGGAAGGAUACGAUAUGAUCAACAGCACAAUAACUGAUAUAUUUGUCUAA